UGGCCGCGACCCGGCGCGAGGGGAGGGCGGCCCAGGGCUGUAGCUCGGAGACUGGACGGCGGAGGGUAGGCGGGUGUCGGGACCCCGCCGGGGAGGCGGGCGCGGGUCCCCAGGAGCAGAGGGUGGGAAGCCCGGAGGCCGGGCGCUUCCCCUCCGUCGUCCUCCAGGCGGGCGGCAGACAGUGACUGGUGCCCCGGAGAGCGCCCAGGGGCGCGGGGGGCAGUGAGGGGGACAUGGCCGCCCCGCCAGCCGAGGGCGCGGACCGCUGCUGAGAGGGCGCACGAUGCCACCCGCGACGGCGGCCACCACUACGGUCUCCCUCCGGGAGCUGGCCGACCUGGCCAUCGGCACCCCGGAGGUGGGCGCCGUCAACUUCACGGCCCUGCACACGCUCAUCGUGGCCAUGCUCCGGAGCCUCAGCCUGCAGGAGGUGCGCAUCGACUUCCAGUCGCCGUUGCCGUCGCCGGAGCCAAGCCGCACCUUGGAGCCCCCGCAGGCAGUGCUCAGCGCCCCGCAGCUGGCUGUGUCCAAAGAGAAGCCGCGCGGAAGCUUGGCCAAGCCACCGACGGCGGCGGCGGCGGCGGCGCUGGAGAGCCAGGUGAAGGGCCUGGGCGGGCAGGUGCAGGACCUCAGCAGGCAGCUCAAGACCGUCACGAACCAGGUGCAGGGCAUCGUGAGCCACGUGCAGCACCUGACGGCCCCCAUCAGCGAGCUGGGCGCCCGGGACUGGCUGGAGGAGGAGACAGCCAAGCUGACGCCGGCAAGGGCACGAGCAGGGUCGUUGGAAAUCGCGAAGGGCGAGCGGGCCACCGUCUCCCAGGUCUCCCAGGCCAUGGAGCUGCUGCACGAUGUAGUGGAGGACGUGAAAACUCUCAAAGAAGCCCAGGAAAAGGCGCAGGAGCUCCCUGAGUCGAGCCUUGCGAAAGCCCUCCAGCGGAUUGAUGUACUAGAGAAGAUAGUCAGAGAACGGAAUGAAAUCCUGGACCUAGUGAGCCGGAAGAUGAGUUUGAUGCCUGUUGGAGAAGAAGUCACCAUGGUCACCUGGGAGGAGCUGGAGCAAGCAAUUACAGAUGGCUGGAAGGCCUCACAAGGGAGCUCAGAGACAACUACAGGACUCCCUAAACGCAAAGGGCGCGCUUCCGUAGCAUCAAAUGAUAUACUUCAAGGUGGAGUCCCCAUCAAGCGCUCAAGUGCUGACCCAGCUCUGGAUUCUCCCAGUGGUUAUGGCUCAGAUCAGACCUUAUCAGGAAUCAGUGGCAUAGGAAAACCCUCUGAAGGGGUCACCAGGGAACGAAGCAGAGGUGCCUCUGCUACUGCAGUCCCGGGUAGAGAACAGCACCCAAGGGCCCGUGAUGAAGGUGGCCAGGCAAAGUCCCAACAUCCGUCUAUGUCCCAAUUCAGAGUAGAGUCAGAUCAUCGCAGGACGAGAGAGCUGCCGCCGCAUAGCUUAGCCCAUCUAAGAAAAGAUGAACGAGAGGAACUCCCUGGUCCAGUUCAACAGGACUUACCUGAAGCCACUGUGGCCAGAGAUCAGCAUCAUCAAGUAUCCCCGGAUCAGCAUAGGGGGGUGUAUCCAAGCCAGGGUCAAAUCUAUCCCAGGCCAGUUCAGCGUGGAUUAAGACCACUUGGCACGGAUCCACUUGCAUGGCGCCAUCCUAGCACUUACCCACAUGGUGUGGUACCCCUCAGGAUGGAUCAGCUUGGUAUGAUGCCACCUGGAAUGGGUGAGCAGCGCUUGGUACCACCUGGCAUGGAUCAGUAUGGUAUGGUGCCACCACUGGUACCUGGCACAGAACAGCAAGGAUUGGAACUACCUAGUACAGCUCAGCCUGGUAUGGUUCCACGUAGCACAUAUCAGUAUGGCAUGGUACUUCCUGGCACAGACCAACAGCCUGGUGUGGAUCAGCAUGGAUUGGUACCCUUUAGUAUAGAUCAGCAUGGAUUUUUAAUAUCUGGCAUGGAUCAACAAGGAUUAGUAGUGCCUGGCAUGGAUCAACAUGGAUUGGUUCCACAUCUUACAGAUCGAAAUGGUUUGGUAUCGCCUGGUUUGAUGCAAGUUGAUGCAGAUCAGCAAGGUUUUAUACAGCCCAGCUUGGAAACAUCUGGGUUCAUUCAACCUAGUACAGAGGAGCAUGAUAUAACCCAGCCUGGGGCAGAUCAACGAGGUUUGGUACCAACUGGUACAGAUCAUGCUACUUUGGCCCAACCUGGUGCAGGUCAGCGUGGUUUAGUGCAGCCUGGUGCAGGUCAGCGUGGUUUAGUGCAGCCUGGUUCAGGUCAGCAUGGUUUAGUGCAGCCUGGUGCAGGUCAGCGUGUUUUGGUCCAGCCUGGUGCAGGUCAGCAUGGUUUGAUGCAGCCUAGUGCAGGUCAGCGUGGUUUGGUGCAACAUGGUGCAGGCCAGCCUGGUUCAGUUCAGCCUGGUGCAGGUCAACGUGGUUUGGUUCAGCCUGGUGCAGACUGGCAUGGUUUGGUGCAGCCGGUUGUAGAUCAAAGUGGUUUGGUCCAGCCUGGUGUUUACCCACCUGAUUGGGUACAACCUGGUGCAUAUCCCAGUGGUUGGGGACAACCUGUUGCAUAUCCAUCUGUUUUGGUACAGCCUAGUGCAGGUCAGCCUGGUUUGAUACAGUCCGGAAUGGGUCGGCAAGAUUCAGCCCAACUUAGAAUGGAUUGGUAUGCUUUGGUGCAGCCUGAAAUGGAUCAACAUGGUUUGGUCCAAGUUGGAAUGGAUCAGCAUGGUUUAUUCCAACCUGGCACAGUUCAACCUGGUUUAGUGCAGCCUGGUGCAGGUCAGCGUGGUUUGUUCCAACCUGUUACAAGUCAGCGUGAUUUGGCCGAACCUGGAAUAGCUCAGCAUGAUCAGGUCCAACUUGGAAUGGAUCAGCAUGGUUUGGUCCAACCUGGAAUGGGUCAGCAUGGUUUGGUGCAGCCUAGUGCAGGUCAGCGUGGUUUGGUGCAACAUGGUGCAGGCCAGCCUGGUUCAGUUCAGCCUGGUGCAGCUCAGCCUGGUCUGGUGCAGCCUGGAAUGGAUCAACAUGGUUUGGUGCAACCUGGAAUGGAUCAGCGUGGUUUGGUCCAGCCUGGACUGGAUCAACAUGGUUUGGUGCAAUCUGGAAUGGGUCAGCAUGGUUUGGUGCAACCUGGUGCAGGUCGGCCUGGUUUGGUCCAACUUGGUGCAGGUCAGCCUGGCUUGGCGCAGCCUGGAAUGGAUCAACGUGGUUUGCUGCAGCCUGGUGCAGGUCAGCCUGGCUUGGCGCAGCCUGGAAUGGAUCAGCGUGGUUUACUGCAGCCUAGUGCAGGUCAGCCUGCCUUGGCACAGCCUGGAAUGGAUCAGCGUGGUUUGGUGCAACCUGGUGUAGGUCAGCCUGGCUUGGUGCAACCGAGAAUGGAUCAGCGUGGUUUGGUGCAACCUGGUGCAGGUCAGCCUGGCUUGGCACAGCCUGGAAUGGAUCAGCGUGGUUUGGUGCAACCUGGUGUAGGUCAGCCUGGCUUGGCACAGCCUGGAAUGGAUCAGCGUGGUUUGGUCCUGCUUGGUGCAGGUCAGCCUGGCUUGGUGCAGCCUGGAAUGGAUCAGCGUGGUUUGGUGCAACCUGGUGCAGGUCAGCCUGCCUUGGUGCAGUCUGGAAUGGAUCCGCGUGGUUUGGUCCAGCCUGGUGCAGGUCAGCCUGCCUUGGCGCAGUCUGGAAUGGAUCAGAGUGGUUUGGUGCAACCUGGUGCAGGUCAGCCUGGCUUAGUGCAGCCUGGAAUGGAUCCGCGUGAUUUGGUCCAGCCUGGUGCAGGUCAGCCUGCCUUGGCGCAGUCUGGAAUGGAUCAGAGUGGUUUGGUGCAACCUGGUGCAGGUCAGCCUGACUUAGGCCAACCUGGAAUGGAUCCGCGUGGUUUGGUGCAACCUGGUACAGGUCAGCCUGGCUGGGUGCAGCCUGGAAUGGAUCAACAUGGUAUGGUCCAGCCUGGCACAGGCCAGCUUGGCUUGGCCCAACCUGGAAUGGAUCACCGUGGUUUGGUGCAACCUGGUGCAAGUCAGCCUGGCUUGGUCCAACCUGGAAUGGAUCAGCGUGGUUUGGUGCAAGAUGGUUCAGGCCAGCCUGGCUUGGCGCAGCCUGGAAUGGAUCAGCAUGGUUUGCUGCAGCCUGGUGCAGGUCAGCCUGGCUUGGCGCCGCAGCCUGGAAUGGAUCAGCGUGGUUUACUGCAGCCUAGUGCAGGUCAGCCUGCCUUGGCACAGCCUGGAAUGGAUCAGCGUAGUUUAGUGCAACCUGGUGCAGGUCAGCCUGGCUUGGCGCAGCCUGGAAUGGAUCAGCGUAGUUUAGUGCAACCUGGUGCAGGUCAGCCUGGCUUGGCGCAGCCUGGAAUGGAUCAGCGUGGUUUGAUGCCACCUGGUACUGGUCAGCCUGGCUUGGCACAGCCUGGAAUGGAUCAGCGUGGUUUGGUGCAACCUGGUGCAGGUCAGUCUGGCUUGGCACAGCCUGGAAUGGAUCAGCGUGGUUUGAUGCAACCUGGUGUAGGUCAGCCUUGUUUGGUACCAUCUGGUACAGGUCAGCCUGGUUUGGUACAGCCUGCAAUGGAUCAACGUGGUUUGGGCCAACGUGGUGCAGCUCAGCCUGGUUUGGUCCAACCUGGUGCAGGUCAGCCUGGUUUGGUGCAGCCUGGAAUGGAUCAACGUGUUUUGGGCCAACGUGGUGCUGCUCAGCCUGGUUUGGUCCAACUUGGAAUGGAUCAGCGUGGCUCAGUCCAGACUGGUGCAGCACAGCUUGCUUUGGUACCAUCUUCUACAGGUCAGCCUGGUUUGGUGCAGCCUGGAGUGGAUCAACGUGAUUUGGGCCAGCAUGGUGCUGCUCAGCCUGGUUUGGUCCAACCUGGAAUGGAUCAAAGUGGCUUGGUCCAACCUAGUGCAGCUCAGCCUGGUUUGGUACCAUCUGAUACAGGUCAGCCUGGUUUGGUGCAGCCUGGAAUGGAUCAACGUGGCUUGGGUCAACGUGGUGCAGCCCAGCCUGGCUUGGUCCAACCUGGUGCAGGUCAGCGUGGUUUGGCCCAACCUAGAAUGGACCAGCAUGGGUUGGUACAACCUGGUGUAGGUCAGCGUGGUUUGGCUCAACCUAGAAUGGACCAGCGUGGGUUGGUACAACCUGGUGCAGGUCAGCCUAGUUUGUUUCAGCCUGGCAUAGGUCAGCCUGCUUUUGUCCAACCUGGUGCAGAUCAGCGUGGUUUGGGGCAAGUAGAUCAGCGUGGUUUGGUACAGGCUGGCACAGAUCCACAUGGCUUUUUUCAACCUGGUGCAUAUCCUCCUGGUUUGGUACAGCCUGGUGCAUAUCCACGUGGUUUGGUCCAACCUGAUGCCUAUCCACAAGGUUUGGUGCAGUCUAGUGCCUAUCCACGUGGUUCGGUUCCACCUGGUGCCUAUCCUCGAGGUUUGGUCCAGCCUGGUACAUAUCCACAAGGUUUCCUGCAGCCUAGUACUGAUCAGCAAGGUUUGGUUCAACCUGGAAUAGAUCAGCAUGGCUUGAGGCAACCUGGUACAGAACAACAAGGCUUGAUACCCCCAGGCACAGAGCUUCGUGGCCUUCCAACAUUCCACCCUGAGUUUCCAAGAUUUUUCUCACAUCCAUAUCAGCGUGGUGUAAUACCUCCUGGCAGAUACCAAUAUGAUCAGGUGUCACCACUCCUAGCCAGUCAAGGUUUGGCAUCACCAGGUAUUGGCCAAGAGGGUUUAUCAGAAGGUUUGUUACAUCGUGGCACAGACCAGCAUGGCCUAACACCAUUAAGCAGCCGUGUGGGAUCCGUACAGCGAGAUCGACAGCAUUUGGUAUCACCUGACCCAGAUCAGCAGGGCCAGGUGCAAGCAGGUACGGACCAGCAUGACCGUGCGUACUCUAUCCCAGAAUCCCGUGACCUGUUGUAUCCUGGCCCUCACAACGCAGGCGUCCUGGGGAUAGAUCCAUAUGUCCAGAUAGGUUUGGAUCCAAAACAAAUACAUGCCUCAGACCAACCUGGAAUUUCUGUCUGGACUACUCCAAGCCAAGCAGCCACCUUUGCCAGGAGCAAGGACUCUCUUAACUAUCUCCAUCGAGUCUCAUCAGAAAAGAGUGAUUUCCAGAGCGAAAGACAUGAUUCACUGGAUAAAUUGGCUCCGAGCUUCCCCAUGGCAGUGGAAACAUUUCGUCUGAUGGGAGAGCUCAUUGGCCUCUAUGUAGAGCUCAAGGAGAACAUGAAAGAGCUGGAUGAGGAGCAGGAGGGCCAGACCGACUUGGAGAAGAUCCAGCACCUGCUCGGGCUCAUGGUCACCAGGAAAAGCAGAAUCAAAAAGAGUAUCCCCGCUGACCUGCAGGAACAGCUGAAGACCUUGAAGUCCUUGACCAAAGAAGUUCGGCAGGAAAAAGCAAAAAUGGACAGGGUACAGAGGAUCCUGGAGGGCAACGGGGAGCAAGAAAUAGGAAAAGACAUGAAGACUGGCCAGCUGAGCUUGCAGCUGGGAAUCCUCAGAGUUACCGUGGCUGACAUUGAGAAGGAACUGGCCGAGCUGAGGGAGAGCCAAGAGCAGGGCAAGGUCAGCAUGGAACAUUCAGUCUCCGAAGCCUCCUUCUACCUGCAGGACCAGCUUGACAAGCUCAGGACGAUCAUUGAGAGCAUGCUGGCCUCGUCUUCCACGCUGCUGUCCAUGAGCAUGGCUCCUCACAAGACCCUGUCAACCUUGGAACCUGGCCAGAUUGACCCUGAGGCCACCUGCCCUGCCUGCAGCCUGGACCUGAGCCAUCAGGUCAGCACGCUGGUGCAGCGCUACGAGCAGCUCCAGGACAUGGUCAACAACCUGGCAGCCUCCCGGCCUUCCAAGAAAGCCAAGCUCCAGAGCCAGGAUGAAGAGCUGCUGGGCCAUGUCCAGAGCGCCAUCCUGCAGGUACAGGGUGACUGUGAGAAGCUCAACAUCACCACCAGCAACCUCAUCGAAGACCAUCGGCAGAAGCAGAAGGACAUUGACGCACUGUAUCAGGGUCUAGAGAAGCUCGAGAAGGAAAAGGCCAACAGGGGACACCUGGAGAUGGAGAUUGACGUGAAAGCCGAUAAGAGUGCCCUGGCGGCCAAAGUGAGCCGUGUCCAGUUUGAUGCCACCACGGAGCAGCUGAACCACAUGAUGCAGGAGCUGGUAGCUAAGAUGAGCGGGCAGGAGCAGGACUGGCAGAAGAUGCUGGAUAAGCUCCUGGUGGAGAUGGACAGCAAGCUGGACCGCCUGGAGCUGGACCCCGUGAAGCAGCUGCUGGAAGAUCGCUGGAAGUCCUUGCGGCAGCAGCUCAAAGAGCACUCUCCACUCUACCAGGCAGACGAGGCGGCGGCCAUGCGGAGGCAGCUCUUGGCACAUUUUCACUGCCUCUCUUGUGACCGUCCCUUGGAGACAGCUGUGACUGGACAAUUUAUCCCUGUGACUCCUGUGGGCCCAGCCCUGCCUGGGCACCGUUCCCUCCGCCCCUACACUAUCUUUGAGCUGGAGCAGGUCCGACAGCAGAGCCGCAAGUACGGGGCAGUGGGCUCCCGGGCAGGGCUUCACAGCCUAAAGCUGGGCGGUACUGCCCUCCCUCGGGGCGAGUUGGCGCACAUGGAGCGGAGCGUGGGGCGCCUGCGCACCAUGCACUCCAAGAUGCUGAUGGACAUUGAGAAGGUGCAGAUCCACUUUGGAGGCUCGGUCAAGGCCAGCAGCCAGAUGAUCCGGGAGCUGCUGCAGUCACAGUGCCUGAGCUCCCCCUGCUAUAAACGGGUGCCGGAGACCGCCGACUACACGUACUCGAGUGGGCCCCGGCGCUGUGGGGGCAGCCACACCCUCACCUACCCCUACCGUCGCAACCGCCUGCAGCACCUGCCCCAGGGCCCGUACCCCCCUGACGAGGCUCGGAUCGCCGUGAAGCAUGAUGAGGUGGAUAUCUUGGGCCUGGAUGGACAUAUUUACAAGGGACGGAUGGAUACAAGGCUGCCAGGCCUCCUGACCAAAGACACCUCCGUCUCCGGGAUGACCAAGCACAGGGCCAAGCAGUCGCGGCCCCACGUGCACAGGCAGCAGUCCCUGAGCGACAACGACCAGCUGCCCUCGCGGCCUCAGAGCGCUCAGAUGCUGGCUCGCAACAGUCCAGCUCCUCCUCCUCCACGGAAAGACAGACCCUUGUCCUCCGAGGGGCACCUGGCCCAGCCCAACGCAGCCCACCCGCCCAGCCCCAGCGAGAUGGAGAUGCAGAUGGACAUGCCUCCCGGGGAGGGGCUUGAAGAGCCCACCCGGGGGCCGCGGUCCACCACUGCUCAUUGACCAAAGUUAUUAAUAAAUGUUUGGGAAGAAGCUCGGGGGCAGCGAGGCUUCUGUGGGCUUGGCUCGAGAAGAUGGAGUGGAAGGGGAGGGACCCAGCCCAGGUCCAGGUCGCCGGCCUUCAGUUAUUGGACAGGUCCGACUUAUAGCCUGAGAAUGAGACCAUGACCCACCCCCCCCUCCCACCGCAACAGAUGAAGCUACUCUCCAAGGGUGCGGGGGCUUCAGGAGAAGCUGCAGAGGCCAGACCCCAGACCCGGGGGCUAAGGACCCACUCUCACCUCUGUCAGCUCUCUCCUGACCUCAGCGGGACCCCGAGGCUGCUGCCUUUUCCGGUCUGGGGAUGCUGGCCCACAGGGUGGCCUGGCCGACUGGGGCGUUCGGGAGAGGUUGGGGUUCGUGGUGUCCGUGCACCAGCCGUGCCAUGCAGCCAAGGUGAGGGUGGCAGCGCCCAGCUCCUGGCACGACGUCCCGGGGGGAGCAGGUCACCUGGGAAGGUUUCGGUUUGCUGGCCUCUGCAGCUUACCUUUGAGCAGCUGCUGCAGAGGCAGAGGGGCUGCCUGGCCUAGGCUGGUUCCCUGCUCCACUCACCCCUCCCCAGAAAGAGCAG